GUUGGUGGGCGCGAGACUUGCGCGAGACGAAGUAUGGCGUAGGAUUCUGUCUUGGCCUCUUUCAUUGAGCAGUGUUUCAGAGUUCGCUCGCUAUCGUUCGUGGUGGUUUUCGUUUCUCUACAUUUUGCUAACGAAUCGGAGCCAGCUCUAUUUUCUUGCAGGGCACGAAAAGGACACAUUGAGUAUCGGUACAGGAUGAGCGUCGACGCAUACGGACCCAGCAGUCAGACUCUGACGUUCCUAGACACCGAAGAAACUGAUUUAAUUGGUGCAGAUACACAGGGUAGCGAAUUCGACUUCACUGAUUUCACGUUACCCUCGCCGAGUCAAACUCAGGCCUCGCAACACGAUGCUGCCCAAAGUCAACCUAACCAACCCGUACAGGUUAAUGGAACAAGUGGCAGCUCAUCUUUGGAGUUGAAGAUAUCUGGAGCAGCACAAAGUCUUGCAGAAUUGCAGUUUGAAGAAGAAGAGGAGGAGGCAUAUUACAAUCGUGAUUUGCCAGAACAUGCAUGUAAAUAUUGUGGUAUUCAUGAAGCAUCUUGUGUUGUUAUGUGCAAUGUUUGCCGCAAGUGGUUCUGUAACGGACGUGGAAAUACAUCUGGUUCUCACAUUAUCAACCACCUUGUCAGAGCUAAACAUAAGGAAGUUACUUUACACAGAGAUGGUCCUUUGGGGGAAACUGUCCUUGAGUGUUACUCUUGUGCUGUUAGGAAUGUCUUCGUUCUUGGCUUCAUUCCUGCAAAAGCAGAUUCUGUUGUUGUAUUACUCUGCCGCCAACCAUGUGCAGCUCAGAGUUCAUUGAAGGAUAUGAAUUGGGAUCAUGAACAAUGGAAGCCAUUGAUAGAAGACCGAUCCUUUUUAGCUUGGUUAGUUAAAAUUCCAUCAGAACAGGAACAAUUACGUGCCAGACAAAUUUCGGCCCAACAAAUCAAUAAGUUAGAGGAAUUAUGGCGAGACAAUGUUGACGCGACCUUUCAAGAUCUUGAGAAACCCGGUGUAGAUGAAGAACCGCAACAAGUACUUUUGCGGUACGAAGAUGGAUACCAGUAUCAGAACAUAUUUGGCCCUCUCGUAAAAUUAGAAGCCGAUUAUGAUAAACGUUUAAAGGAAUCUCAAACGCAAGAAAACAUCGAAGUACGUUGGGAUGUUGGACUAAACAAAAAGACAAUCGCCUAUUUCAUGUUAGCAAAAACAGACGGCGAUAUGAAAUUGAUGCACGGUGAUGAACUAAGACUUCGCUACUUGGGUGAACUUCACAAGCCUUGGUCUGGAAUUGGACAUGUAAUCAAGAUCCCUGAUAAUUAUGGAGAGGAAGUAGGGAUCGAGUUGAAAAAUAAUUCUGGCGCCCCAACGGAGUGCGUUAGUAACUUCGUCGUUGAUUUUAUUUGGAAAAGCACUAGUUUCGAUCGCAUGCAGUUAGCGUUGCGGAAAUUUGCUGUGGACGACACUUCUGUAUCCGGUUACAUAUACCAUAGAUUGUUAGGACACGAGGUGGAAGAGGUUUUGUUUCGUUGUCAUCUUCCUAAACAUUUCAGUGCUCCGAAUCUGCCAGACUUAAAUCGUUCACAAGUAUAUGCCGUGAAACACGCUGUACAAAGACCCUUGUCUCUAAUUCAGGGACCGCCUGGCACGGGAAAAACUGUAACCAGCGCUACGAUAGUUUAUCAACUUGUCAAACAAAACGGUGGUCCUGUAUUAGUAUGUGCUCCUUCAAACACGGCUGUCGAUCAACUAACAGAAAAGAUACACAAAUCGAAUUUAAAGGUUGUGAGACUCUGUGCGAAGUCACGAGAAGCAAUUGAUUCACCAGUAAGCUUUCUUGCCUUGCAUAAUCAAAUCAAGAACAUGGAGACGAAUACUGAAUUGCAAAAGUUGCAACAACUAAAGGAUGAGACUGGUGAAUUGUCUAGCGUUGACGAAAAACGUUAUAGAUUACUAAAGAAAGCAGCAGAAAAAGAAUUAUUAGAGGCAGCUGAUGUAAUAUGCUGCACUUGUGUUGGAGCUGGCGAUCCAAGGUUACAUAGACUUAAAUUUCACUCAAUUCUUAUUGAUGAGAGUAUGCAAGCAACAGAGCCUGAGUGUAUGGUACCAGUUGUUCUUGGAGCAAAGCAACUAAUCCUUGUCGGUGAUCAUUGUCAAUUAGGGCCAGUAGUUAUGUGCAAGAAAGCUGCCAGAGCUGGUUUAUCACAGUCUCUUUUUGAAAGAUUAGUAGUAUUGGGAAUUAGACCUUUCAGAUUGGAAGUACAAUAUCGUAUGCAUCCAGAUCUAUCACGAUUCCCAUCAAACUUUUUUUAUGAGGGCUCUUUGCAAAACGGCGUAUGCGCGGACGAGAGGAAAUUGUUGAAAAUUGACUUUCCUUGGCCUGCACCUGACAAACCUAUGUUUUUCUACGUUACACAAGGUCAAGAAGAAAUUGCAGGAAGUGGUACAUCAUACUUAAAUCGAACGGAAGCAUCGAACGUUGAAAAAAUAGCAACAAGAUUUUUACGUUGUGGAGUAAAACCUGAACAAAUUGGAGUAAUAACUCCGUACGAAGGUCAACGAGCUUAUUUAGUGCAAUACAUGCAAUACCAAGGAUCCUUGCACUCGAAACUGUACCAGGAAAUCGAAGUCGCUAGCGUAGAUGCUUUCCAGGGCAGAGAGAAAGAUAUAAUAAUUAUGUCUUGCGUUCGAUCGAACGAACAUCAAGGUAUUGGAUUUCUGAAUGACCCACGAAGGUUAAACGUCGCGUUAACUCGCGCGAAAUACGGAAUCAUAAUCGUAGGAAAUCCAAAGGUAUUGUCGAAACAGCCAUUAUGGAAUCAUCUAUUAAGUUUUUAUAAGGAACAGAAAGUCCUCGUAGAAGGACCACUGAACAAUCUUAAAGAAUCUAUGAUUCAAUUCGCCAAACCAAAGAAACUCGUCAAUGCUGCUAAUCCAGGCUCUCACUUUAUGUCUACGUCGAUGUACGAUGCAAGAGAAGCUUUGAUCCCAGGUUCGGUAUACGAUAGAUCAGGUACUCAGGUAAAUGGAACGCAGAAUCAUAAUCCUUAUUACCAAAGGAACGUACCUUUAGAUAUCUUCAGCAGAACCCACGACACUAUUAGUUACAUUAGCCCAGAAAGAGCUCAAGCAGCGAUGAACAAUGUACCAGUCCCAGUGGGAAUGUUCAUGAAUAUGGCACACGUACCACCACGGUUCUAUAAUCAGCAUCAGCAGGCCCUACAGGCUAGACAAAACCAACGUAAUCGGCGAGGUACAGCUUUAUCGAAGAACAAACAAGGCCCACGAAUGGGUAAACUAAGUCAAUCAGAACAGAAUACUCAGCCAUAUAGCCAGCCAGGAUUACCAUUAACACAAGGCACGACGCAAGGUAUGUCACAACCAGGUUUCAGCCUUUCUCAACCCGGGCUGAGUCAAGCGGAACUUUCUCAAGAUUCGUUCGCUGUCGGAGAGUUUCAAUCACAGAUGGACGGAUUAUUAUCACAAGAUUCAACUUAUCAGGGUGAUCGAAGUGGUUUUUAUCAAUCCGGACAGUCACAAGCCGGGGGACAAUUCUCCCAGCCAUAUUGAGCCGAGAUCGUACGGCUGAGCAACGCAAUUGCUAUGCAGCGUCGCGGGAGCGACUGAAGGCUCGUUCGACCAAUUCUUCUUCGACCAACAACCACAAAUCACUAACUGCGCAAAACGGUAAAACGGCUCGGCGAUCGAGUACGGUAUAUGCACACGCAGUCGUCGGCGUUUUAAAAGAGGGUUUUAAAACAAACAAGCAAACAAACAAACCAAAAAAAAUACUACAAAUGGGGGAGCUCGUCGUCAUUUACCGUCGAACUGUUUUAGACGGGGAAAGAAAACGGUUAAAGAGUAAAACCACCUGGCAAACAAGUAUGACAAGCCAAUAAAAACAAUUAAAAAGAUACAAAAACAAAAAAAAAAGAAAGAAAAGAAUAAGACUGGGAGACGACAUUAUCACCAAAAUUACCAACCACCACCGUGACACGCGCUUACCGUAAAAGUACCGUUUUAUCGCGGGGAUCGAAUGACGCUAGAAUUACACACACAGCAAAAUAAAACAAAGAAACAAAAAAACAUCAAAAUACCAAAAACACAAAAAAAUAUAACGAUAAAAAAGGAAGAAAGAGAUACGGGACGUGUAAUGCUUCAUGACUUGACCAAAUUCGAAAAGUGUGCCAAGAUAGCGUAUUAGCUAAAAAACGUACAAAAAUACUAAACGAAUCUCUAAACGACAAACCAGAAAAUAAAGGGGAAAUGGUAUUGUUUGCGAAUGUUUAAUUUGCCAUCGAAGAUGUGAAGAAUGAAAAAGAGAAAAGAUUUGGAGUGCAUUAUAUUGGCUCUGAUAAACGCGUUACAUGUCUUUUUGACAUUUCCUUAGAAAAGGUAUAGGAUGAACAACUACUGCCAAGGGAAGGAAAGAGAAAGAGAAACGAAUUACGCCCCUAUAGAGAUUUUACAGGACCCUAAAAAUAUCGUGUUUUUUGAUGGUUCAUAUAGACCUCUUUCGAUCACUAUCUUGUAAGCUGCGAAAGAAAAUCACAACAGAAAAAGUACGGUUCUUGCAACGCGUGGACACGCGACAACGUCAAUAAUAAGAAAACAAUGACAGUACAAGACCAUCCUUAUCAUUGGCUUGUCCUUUAACCGACAAAAACCACCAUCAUCGAUGAAACGUUGCCGAUCGAAUUGUCGUCAAACAGUAUGAGGCCGACACUUGAGGUAUCAUCGUGAAGGAGGAAUCCUUUCUCAGAAGCUUGGCGUGAUAAUUGACAUUACGCUAUUGGAUAAGGAAUCCUAUUAAUUUUUGAUCAUGUUAAUUAAUUUCUAUCUUUUCUGCUUAGACCGGUAUAUAUAUUGUAUAUAUUUUAUUUACCGCAGGGGUCGAGAGAGCGCGCAAGAAUGAAAAAAAAACAAUUCAUUCAGUA